CUGCCAUAACCAAGCUCACCCCCCAAUAAGCAUCUCCAUAGGGAGAAACACAGACAGUGAGAGAGAGAGAGAGAAGAGAGAGAUGGCCCCAAACCUUCCUUCGUAUAACUAUGCAGAUGAAGACUACAUAGACAUGGAAGUGAGCCCUUCAGCCAACUUCUUAUGUUACUCCAUUAACUCUCCUCCACAAUCUCGAGAGUUUGAGUUUCAAAUGUCUUCAAUCUCUCAUGGGAGAGAAUUCAUUUCCCCUGCUGAUGAACUCUUCUACAAGGGAAAACUCCUUCCUCUUCACCUCCCACCUCGCUUGCAAAUGGUGCAGAAACUCCUUCACAACUCCAACGCUGCAGCAUUUGAGGACAAAGAGGAAGCUUUUGACGAGGAGUUCUUCACCAUUCCAUUUAUGGCCAGCACUAUCAAGCCCCCCGCUAAUACCAGCACCCCACUGGAAUCAUGCAUCUCACCAUCAGAGUCUCGCAGGGUCAGUAAUGAGCUCAACCCAGAUGCGUACUUCUUUGAAUGGUCAUCUGACGUGAGCGGCUCCGUCCAUGAACUACCGAAGAAGUCUUGGUUGAUGAAAUUCAAGCAGUCCUCACUGGGUCAAAAGUUUAACGCUUCCCGAACUUACCUCAAGUCGCUGUUUAGCAAGUCUGGUUGUUCAGAUGAGUCUUGUGCCAAGGCAGCCUGCAAUGAGCAAGCGUGCAAUGUUUCUAAAGGCAAGCAGUGUCUAAGUAAGUACAUGAAGAUAGCGAAGAAAACCCCAUUUGAACAGAUUGAAAAUGAGCGAUACCAAAUGUCACCUACUGUCAUGAAGAGCAUUGACAAAGAGAUGGUUGAUGAUGGUGUUAAUAGCCAUAGAAGGUCAUUCUCAGGGGCGAUUGGACGCCAUUCUCCAACCAAGUGCUCGUCAUCAUCAUUUUCUUCAUCCGGUUCUUCUUCUUGCUCCUCCUUUUCCUUUAAUUCAAAUGGGUUUUGUGACUUACAGCUGCUCAAGAGGUGCAGCAGCGCCAACGCAGAGAUUGAGAUUUCAAUUGAGGGAGCAAUUGCUUACUGUAAACAGUCCCAGCAGUUGUUUAGUUCAAGAGAAACUGUAGCUGAAGUUGGGUUCUAUUCACUAUCUGGUUCAAGGUUUGCAGUUUGUGAAGAUCAAGAAAGACCAGCACUUUGUAGCAUAUGAACAAAUGUGAGAGAUUACUAAGAUGGUUUCCCAUUUCCUUCUAAUUGGGUGUGAUUUUAAUCUAGUGUGAUGUUCUGCCAUUUUACAUAGUGUCCAUGCCCUGUGAGACCAGACCAAUUCAUGAAAGUUCAAAGAGUUUCUGUGUUCAAUAUAAAUGGAAAUAGAAUUUUUUUUU